AUGACCGACAAGAACCCCUUGAGCGUUGCGAUAGUAGGCGGCGGUAUAGCUGGCGUAACUCUGACCAUCGCUCUUCUCCAAAAAUGUCCACACAUGCAAGUCACGCUCUACGAGUCCGCCAGCGCAUUUGGUGAAAUUGGUGCUGGAGUUGGCUUUCAGCCAGUCAUGGUGCGGACCAUGAACCUAAUCGAUCCACGCAUCGGCGCUGCCUUUGACAAGUGCAGCAAGGGAAACGACGAUGUCUACGACCCGCCGCUGUGGUUUAGGAUGAGAGUUGGUGAUGAGCGAAAGGAGGAUGUCAAGCUGGGUGAGCAGAUUUUCGAGCUUCCGGCUAGGAAAGGACCGAGGGGUGGCGUACACCGUGCACAUUUCCUGGAUGAGCUUGUCAAGCUGGUACCGGAAGGGGUGGCGCAGUUUAAGAAAAAGUUGGUUGAUGUAGCAGAGGGAGAGGAUGAUGAUGUGCUACUAAAGUUUGCGGAUGGAUCGACGGCAAGACAUAGUGUAGUGUUGGGGUGUGACGGCAUCAAGUCACGCACACGACCCAUCGUAUUGAAAGGCGACUCUGAGGCGGCCAAAGCUGUCUUCUCGGGAAAGUAUGCGUACCGUGGGGUGUUGCCUAUGGAAAAGGCGUUGGAGAUUCUAGGAGAGUCGGCAAGAGAUCCACAGAUAUUCAUGGGAUUUCAUGGGCACGUGCUAGCUUUCUCCUCAAAGCCUACGUGGGGUGACCCCAACUGGGUAGUUUCAACGUCACGCGAAGAUAUGCUCGAAGACUACAAGCACUGGAGCCCAGCUGUCCGCGCCAUAAUGGAUAGUCUCCAAAAACCCGACAUCUGGGCUCUUUUCAAUCACCCACCUGCACCAACCUACUACACGACUAAGCCUCUCAUCUGCCUCGUCGGCGAUGCCGCUCACGCUUCCACGCCACACCAAGGCGCAGGUGCUGGCAUGUGUAUCGAGGAUGCAUAUAUCCUCAGUGAGCUGCUAUCGCAAUGUCACACCAAGAGCGAUUUGCAAAAGGCAUUUUACGCGUACGACGCGGUAAGAAGACCGCGGACUCAGAAGCUGGUGAAGACUAGCCGAGAAGCGGGUAUGUUGUGGGAUUUUGAAGGAGAGGGUAUUGGGGACGAUUUAGAGGCUUUGGAGAAGAAUGCGACUACGAGGAUGAGCUGGAUAUGGGAUCAUGAGAUUUUGGGUGAUCUUGCAAUGGCGAAGGACAUGAUGGCGGAAGCUUGA